AUUUCACCAUUUUCACACACAAUAUACAUUUUGCAUCAGUUGUAUUCAAUUUUUAAGUUAAAAGAAAUUUAUUUUUUGAAAUUCAAUUCAUUUUAGUUUUUCUCAAAUAAUCUUAAAGUUUGAAUCUAUUAUUCUAUAACAAUUAGGGCUUAUAUGUGGUGUAGGAUUGUGCACCGGCCUUUUAGGACAGCUUCAGGACACUGCAUAUAUUUAAAGACUUCUGUUUCACCCUCAAAUCAUUGGCCUGCUUGGACUUUAUUUAGCUCCCGUGAAAUUACAAUUGCAUGUUUGACUUGUACUGUUUCUCCGAAAAGAUUAGUAAUGUGUUGAUUAAAGACACCGUUAAUUCCUUCCAGAAACACAGAUUUUCUCAUUGUGGAACGUCGAGUGGUUACAAUCCGACUCAUUACUAAACAGAACCACUGGAACCGGUCUGAACAUAAACAAACUGUGCAAUGGGAAGUCUGUGUAACUCUGCUCUGGCAUCUCUGUAAACUUCAGCCCUUCCCAUUACCUUUAAAGGAGUGUGUACCCUGGACUAAAUAUGGACAUGCACUUUCACAGGAUUCCUAAGAAUGUCCCAGCCUCACGGUCCACUUUGAUGAUGCGAGGCUCUUGCAGUCCAUCACUGGUGCCCCUCACCGCAAGACCGAGAGACCAGCCUCCUUGCACCGGGAUUGACGCCUCGGGGGCUCUUUUUGGCGAGCAGGACGCCGGGGGUCUGACCUGCUGGAGUACUUCUCAACAUCGGAGCGAGAGAUAACCCAGCAAUCCGAUUUGAACUAGAGGCAUUUACUGUACCACCUCCAAAUUUCUCCGCAGCCUUUCCCCCCCCCAACCCCCCAGAUCAAUUUUUUUCUAGCAACCAUGUCGAGGAGAAAGGUCAGGGGCCUGACCCGCACGGGCCGCCAGGUCAGCGAGGACCCGGACCUGGACAACCUGCUGUCCGCCCUCUCCCCCGAGGAGAUGGAGGAGCUGGAGAAGGACAUGAUGAAGGUGCCCGACGUCAAGCCGGAGGACGGGAAGCUGCUCCUCGUCCAGGGGGAGAGCCGCGCCGCGCCGACGCCCGCCAGCAACCACGUCCGGGACGCCAAACUGGACGGUGGCAGGCGAGAGAGCGAGCGCCGGGGAAGGCUCGGGGAGAGGGAACUCUCGCUGGAGGGAGAGGCAAAGAAGGAGAGCCGGAAGCAGGAAUACCUGAGGAAAAUGGGCCUGAGCCAGGAGGGGACCGACGACGCGACCGAAGGGCUCCAGAGACAAACUAGUGUCUCAAGUGAAAAAGGUGCAAAGGUCGACGGCAGGAGCAGCAGAGGCCCCGAAGGUCGGCUCUCGAGUAGAUACAGUAAGCAAGAAAGCAAAGAGAGUGAGGUGAAAGAGGAGGAGACCCAAGAGAGACGUGAGGACCACAAGAUAAGCGACAGACGGGAAAACAGGGAGAGCACCUCAAGUAGCAAAACAAAGGACAUGAUCUCGAAGUUACAGGAAAAAAAGGACGACGGCAAAGACAGGAAAGAAGACAGCCGGAGAAGAGACGAGGGCAAAACCAAAGACAUUAUCUCAAAGCUGCAAGAGAAGCACGAGAAGGACACGAGCAAGGACAAGGAGAGGCGAUCAGAGAGUUUCAGGACACAAGGACUUGUCUCUAAAAUGUUGGAAAAGCAGAGCAAAGCACAAGAAAGCCCGGCCCCCCAGGGGAAAACAGAAGAGAAGAAGAAGCCCAAAGCGGAGGAGAAAACAGCUGAGGACAACAACAAGCACGAAGCCAAACUCCAGCGACAGCCGUCGGAGAGGGGUGAAGCGCAGGUGAAACACGACAAGGCGGAGAAGAGGACAGACAGAGAAGAGCUGGUCAACCACAGCGACCACGUGAAGGAGAAGGAGAAGAAGGUGAGCCAGGACCGGAAGGUCGAGGAGAAAGAGGAAGUUGAGGAGGCCGAUGGACGAGAAACCGAGAAACUCGGCAACUGCGUGGCCAAAAAAAGCAGCCCAAACAGCAAGGCGAAGGAGGAGGAGGAGGAGGACGAGGACGCCAGCAUGUUCGACGAGCUGAUGGAGCAGGUCCGCAGCGACGACCCCGAGCUCACCGAGCUCAACGUCAACAACUCGGAGGUCAUCAAGACCAAAACCCUCAUCGAGUUCGCGGAGGCCUUGCGCAGGAACACCCACGUGAAGAAGUUCGCCCUGGCCAACUGCCGCGCCGACGACCACGUGGCCUACGCCAUCGCCGGCGCGCUGCGCAGCAACAAGACCAUCGUCAGCAUCAACGUGGACUCCAACCACCUCACCGGCAAGGGCAUCCUGUCUCUGAUCCAGGCGCUGCCGCACAACUCCACGCUGACCGAGCUCCGCUUUCAGAACCAGCGCCACGUCUGCGGCGGGAAGACGGAGAUGGAGAUGACCAAGGUGCUGAAGGAGAACACCACCUUGCUCAAGCUGGGCUACCACUUUGAGCUGGCGGGGCCCAGGAUGACCACCACCAACAUACUGAGUCGCAACAUGGACCGACAGAGGCAGAAGCGCCUGCAGGAGCAGAAGCAGGCGCAGGCCAACGGGGAGAAGAAGGAGACGCUGGAGGUGCCCAAGGCCGGUGGCGGCGGGGGAUCCCUGAGGAACUCGCCCAGAGCUUCGCCCAAACCUUCUCCCGUGCCGUCGCCCGCGCCAUCCCCCAAGCUGACUCCCAAGAGAGGAGCCCGGGGUCCGCCGCCCCCGCCGCCGCCGCCGCCGCCUGGGUGCGGGCCUCCGCCGCCUCCGCCCCCGAUGCUGGAGGUGGACGCCCUGAGGAACUCCCUGACCCCGGUGUCGCAGAGGAAGCUGGAUGGGAAAAGCCCGGGCGGCAGUAAGAACUCAAGGGACCAACUGCUGGCCUCGAUCAGAGGAGACAACAAGAAGGAACUCAAGAAGGUGCCGGUGCCAAAGUGGUUGCAGUAAUAUUUCUCUGUUGGAAUAUAAAGUGAAAAAAGAGAGGAGAGAGAGAGACAACGUCUACAUUUCCUCGGAUGCAGUGGAAGAAAUGUGCAGCGGGAAGGAUGGAGCAAGUGAGCCGAGAGAAGCCCACCGAUUGGACGACCAGCCCUCACAAUGAGUUCUCCCCUCAAACACUGGACCAAAGGGAGAAUGAGUGACGCAGCCCUCCCUAUUGCAAAGAGUGCCGUGUGUGUUGCCGUUGUUGUCUUCGGUACAUAUUGACGCUUUGCUGGUUAUUUGCACUAGAUAAAAAUGAAGCUGGGGUGGGUGCUAUGAGCUUAUUGAUGAGAGAUUCAAAUAAAUCUUUAUUAAAUUCUAAUACAAAAGCGUUAUCUGCGAUAUAGUGGACAUUCGUUUGACCGUUUAUUUAUUUUGCGGGGGGAGAAUCCACCUCAUACUUGGAAGCCGUAAGUCUGUUGAAACUGGGUAUUCCUAAAAUGGCGUAAAUAUCAGGGAAUUAACAAACAUGGCGGCCUGACUUAAGACAAUCUGGAUAAGAAGAAAAAAAAGAUAAAGAUCACGAUGAUCUUUGAUUGUGUGUCUCAAUGCCAAAUCUCAUGACAUCUCAGGCAGGAUUUAAUGGAUUGGAAAGCAGCCCAGUGGAAUCCUGGUGCAUGACGAAAGAGUUUUAGCAUGGAAAUUAUUACAUAAUGCAAUUUUAUCAGGAAGGGCAAAUGGCUCUCCUUCCGUAUCUGAUGUUAUAUUUUUUACAGAAUCAUUGUAGUGGUGGUGUUUGAAUACCUUACAUAGCUUAAUGUCUUAAAGGGGGGAUUUAUAAAACCAGUAUGGGCUUAUAAGAACCUGUCCUGUUGAUUUAUGCCCUUAGUUUUAAGUGAAUGUCAUUUUUAAAGGAAUUUAAGAAUAAUCCUAAAUUGGAAGGGCACUUGUUAAUUGCACUGUGUAAUGAAAUAUUCUCUGUCAUAUCUGAUUACACAUGCCUUUCUUACAGAGUCUGUAUGACUUCAAUAAAAUAUUCUGCUAUGUUUGCCAUGAAAAGUUACAUGUGUAAUGUUAUGCCUGGCUCAUAUCAUUUCAGAGGAUAGCAAUCGUAUGUGUACAGUUAAAUGCAACUCAGAUCCACAAUAUUUUUGAGAUCUACAAUAUUUCCCUGUAUGUAUGACGUGAUAUAUUUACAAAAUAACCUGUAUAUAUAAUACGCUGUCAUUCAUUCAGUUGGUUCAAAGGCUUUAUAAAAUCAUUUCUUUU